CCGACGGGGAAGGCCCUUGCGAAGUCUCCAGCUCACUGACAGCAGGGAGGCCGCUAUUCCAAUGAGUCGAGAUGGAAGGCUUAGAUGAGAAGAAGCCAUGGGGGAAGCUAAGUAGACUGUUGGGAGCUGAGACGGACUCUUCAUCUGAACUGUUUCUUUACAAAAAGGAAUGGACAAUAGGAAGAAAGAAAGCAUGUGACCUGUCUUUCCCUGGAAACAAGUUAGUGUCUGGAGAACACUGCAAAAUUACAGUGAAUGAAGAAUCUGGUGAAGUUUCUUUAGAGGACACCAGCACAAAUGGCACAGUAAUCAACAAACUGAAAGUAAUAAGAAAACAGACUUACCCCUUGAAAAAUGGUGAUGUGAUCUAUGUUGUCUAUAGGAAAAAUGAGCCUGAACAAAAUGUUGCUUACCUAUACAAAUCCUUAAACCAAGGACAAGAUAGCUUGCAUGAUCCAGCAGAUACCUCAGGUUCAGAGGAAGCUGAGACUCAAACUUUGUCGUCUCAAGAUGAUCAGCUAUCAUAUGAAGAACCUCAGCCUUCCACCUCCACAUCCAGUCUUUUCAGUACACCUACUACCUCUGCAAUUCCUGGGGUACAGCUUGAGAGUGCUGAGAAGUCUGGGGAAAGUCUUGGAGGCCACAGCUCCACAUCAGAUGCAAGCCCUGCGAUAAGAGCUAGUAUUCCUAAAUCUAAUUUAUCAACACAGGAGCAGGGAUCUCUAGGUCCUCCAAAAAAGAGAAUUAGAACAGAGGACCAUUGGACAACCAACAAAAAUUUUGUUCCUGCAAGUUGUCCAAUAGGAGCAAGCGAUGAAAGCAAGACGCCAAGUAUGAAGCCUGAUAAGAUGGAGGAAACACUCACCUGUAUUAUCUGUCAGGAAUUGCUACAUGACUGUGUCAGUUUGCAGCCAUGCAUGCAUACUUUUUGUGCUGCCUGCUACUCUGGUUGGAUGGAACGCUCUUCCCUCUGCCCCACCUGCCGCUGCCCUGUUGAGCGCAUCUGUAAAAACCAUAUACUGAACAAUUUGGUGGAGGCCUAUUUGAUCCAGCAUCCAGAGAAAUGCCGCAGUGAGGAAGACAGGUGUAGUAUGGAUGCACGGAAUAAGAUCACACAAGAUAUGUUACAGCCAAAGGUACGUCGGUCAUUCUCUGAUGAAGAGGGGAGCUCUGAGGAUCUGCUGGAACUUUCUGAUGUGGAUAGUGAAUCCUCUGACAUAAGCCAGCCUUAUACUGUGUGCAGGCAGUGCCCUGGAUUUGUGCGCCACAGUAUGCAACCCCCACCAUAUCCACCACCUUCUGACACAGAAACCUCACGGACACAAGGAGAUGCCCCUUCUACCUCUACCAACUUUCCUACGGCUACCCAGGAAUAUGUGUGCCCUUCACAUGGAAGCCACGUGAUCUGCACCUGCUGCUUCCAGCCGAUGCCAGACCGAAGGGCAGAACGGGAGCACAACUCUCAUGUGGCACCACAGCAAUGCACUAUAUGUUUGGAGCCAUUUUGCCACAUGUACUGGGGAUGCAACCGCAUGGGCUGCUUUGGGUGUUUAGCUCCAUUCUGUGAGUUAAAUCUAGGAGACAAAUGUUUGGACGGGGUUUUGAAUAACAAUAAUUAUGAAUCAGACAUCCUCAAGAAUUACCUGGCAUCCAGGGGGCUCACAUGGAAAGACAUGCUGAAUGAAAGCUUGGCAGCUGUACAGAGAGGGGUGUUUAUGCUUCCUGAUUACAGGAUAAAUGGAACCACUGUACUCUGCUACUUUUGUGGAUUGCGGAACUUUAGAAUUCUAACUUACCAGUACAGACAAAACAUCCCAGCUUCAGAGCUACCAGUGACUGUUACUUCUCGGCCAAAUUGCUAUUGGGGACGGAAUUGCAGAACUCAGGUUAAAGCUCACCAUGCUAUGAAAUUCAAUCACAUAUGUGAACAAACCCGCUUCAAGAACUGAUUACUGGCAAUGCUUGAACGAUCUUGCGCCUCUUUAUAAAGUGGGAUCAAGACAAAGAAUCUCUCUCUUGGGACUGAGUUUUAACCUUCUCUCUGAUGUGAUAGAGAGACUGCUCAUCACAAAAUCUGUGACCUAAACGUAUACAUUAUAAUCCUCCGUUUUAAUAAGUUUAUUGCUAGCGGGCCUUUACAUGUCUUCAUAGCGUCACGUCUGCCCUCUGGCUGAGUUCAUGUAUUAGCGUCAUCUUCCUUGUGUUAACUACAGAGGGCUCAGAUGUGGUUAUUCCACAGUUGUAUCAGGCUAUGCAAAGUGUAUGACAUUAGGCCUAUUUUUCUCCGCUCUCAUUUGAGUGACUGUAGCCCAUUGACAGCCGUCUUUGCAUAUCUGUGGUGGGCAAAAUAUAAACGGUUGAAUUCGAUUUUUGGACUUUUUAAAUUAGUAAUGUGUUUCUACUUAUAUAUAUCUACCAGUGAAGAUACAAAUUCCUUCUGCCUAGGACAGCAGCAGCCGCCCCAUGUUUUAUAAGCUUACCUAACCUAACUUCCAGUUUUCUCUUACCUGUCCUUGCAUAGACAGAAAAUGAGAAUGUGGACAAGUUCCCUGCACCGGAAGGUACUACUGUAUUACAAACAUAAGCAAUGUAAAUACAUCCUCUUCCUUCCAAAUGAUUUGUAAAUCUUUUGAAACACUAUUCUGAACUAGCAUUGCAAAUCUUUCAAAAGCAUCAAUGUUCACAUGUACUUUUAGAGAGUAUCAUUUGGAGUAAAUACCCAACAGGCUGUUGACUGAAUGGAGGUAAUGAAAGAGGUGCUGCUUCUGAACUCACCCUUUAACAACCAUGCUACCUCUUUCCACCACCAUGUACAGCUGGAUGUGUGUAUCAGACACAUGUUUAAGUGCCAGUCUUAUUGUUAGUGUUCAUGUAGCAUGUAUGGGGAAUACUACAGUUCAGUGAUACAUUUUAGCCAUAAUGGAACAUAUAUUUUUUGUGUGCUCCAUAUGUGUCCCCAGAAUGGGGGGGCUGCAAUGAAGUAUAAAGGUAUUACAUACAUCCCCAGGUUUUAAGAUGUCACAAUCCUCUGUGGUUUUCUAUUUUAAUAUGAUGUUUGUGCUUCUUAGUGGACCCUUGAGCAUUGGGAUCACUACUAAUCAUAUGCUUUUGUCCUGUGGGCUACAGUAUAUGACUCUCCAUUCCCAACAGCCAAUUGGAGUGUUUGGCACUCCAGCAGAGCAAAGGUAAACGACCGCUCUGAGAACGAAGGAGCUGUUUUUGGCUGCCUAGCAGUACCACAUCCCCUAGGUUUGAUUCCAAGCAGUGCAAAACCUGCAAGGAGUUUGUAUGAUUUCCUACAACUCCAAAAUACAGGUUGAUUGGCUCCUGACCCUAGUGAGUAAAUGUGAUAGGAACCUUAGUUUGUGACUCCACUGGGGCAGGGACUGAUCUACAAGCAUCUGCAGAAUAUGUUGGUGCUGUAUAAAUAGAAAGUAAUAGUAUCUUCUCCUGGGAUAUGGACUACACUAACAAUUGAUUCCACAACCCUAUAAUCUGAAUUUGGGGUGCAAAACACCAAUUGUAUAGAACAGUGAAGCACUGUGUUUCUGGUUUACUGACGUUAUCCAGAUUCCGUUUUGUCCCAUUUGUUUUUUCGGUGAUAUUCAUUUUCUUUCUGACAUUUUGGUAAUUUAAUGUUACAAGAGUAAUGGCAUGUAUAGUCGAUGGGUGCAGGCAUUUAUAUUACACUUCUUGAAUUUUGGUUACUGUUAAGUAAUGCAGGUGAAAAAUGGUUAAAAGAAUUGUCAGAUGAAAGGGCAAAAAAUUAAAAUACCAAAUCUGCUGAGAUCUGAUAUUUCUGUUGUUUCUCACGUGUGCAAUAUUUUGGCAGCUUGCUUGUACGAGUGUUAAAGGGGUUGUUCACCUUUGAAGUAGCUUUUAAUAUGAUGUAGAGAGGGAUAUUCUGAGACAAUUUGCAAUUGGUUUUAAUGUUUUAUUAUUUUGGGUUUUUGAGUUACUUAGCAGCUCUCCAGUUUGUAGUUUCAGCAAUCUGGGUGCUAGGGUCCAAAGUACCCUAGCAACCAUACACUGAUUUUAUUAAGAGACAGGAAUAUUAAUGGGAGAGAGGCCUGAAUAGAAAAAUGAGUAACCAAUUACAAUCCUUGUGUAGCUUUACAGAGCAUUGUAUUUUAGAUGGAGUCAGUGACUCCCAUUUGAAAGCUGGAAAGAGUCAGAAGAAGCAAAGAAAAAAAAUUUAAAAAAA